ACAAUUAUUUAAUCAAAGUUACGUGUUGUGAAAUGAAAAUAAAAGAGAAAAGUUUAUAUUUGUUCACCGUGGGAGGGAGGGAGGGAGAGGGGAGAGAGGAGAGAGGGGAGAGGGGAGAGGGGAGAGAGGAGAGAGGAGAGAGAGAAGCUUAGCAUAAGAAUAUGAAUUCAUGAUGUUAUGGUAAUGGUAGUAAUUAAACAACCACAUCUUGUCUUCGGUGUUAGAUCCCAUUUUCCAACUCAAUCACAUCCACAUUUUCAUUUCCAUUCACAGCCAUUUCCAGCAACUCACCUCCCUAAAACCCCUCUCUUCUUCCUCCAUAAAUCUUCCUCCACCUCCAAGGACCAGGGACCAGCGACCACCCUCACCCUCCUCUCCUCCAUCCAAUUAAUCCACCAUCAUCACACAACCAACAUCACCCUUCUAUCCCCACAUUCUCCUCUUCUUUCUUCUUCUUCUGGGUAUCGUUUUUUGCUUCCGCCCAAGAUGGUGCCCCUCGAUCCCUACGUUUUCUGGACUUUCCUUGCCUCCUUUUUGGGUUUUUUGGCUCUCUGCGUUCUACGUCGCCGUAAUGCGGGUGUCGAGAAGAACAAGACGACGGCCACCCAGACCCUUUUGAGUCGUCAAGAAGCCAGGAUCUCCGGUGACGAAAGAGAUUCCAGGGCCGUUCCGGGGUCUGAUACCGACGUUUUAAUUGUCGGUGCUGGCGUUGCUGGCUCCGCUCUCGCGUGCACUCUCGGCAAGGAUGGAAGGAGAGUUCGUGUAAUUGAAAGAGAUUUGACCGAGCCAGAUAGAAUUGUGGGUGAGCUUCUUCAGCCAGGGGGGUAUCUGAAGCUGGUAGAAUUGGGUCUUGAAGAUUGUGUGGAGGAAAUUGACGCUCAGAGAAUACUAGGAUAUGCUCUUUUCAAGGAUGGGAAGAACACCAGUCUUUCAUAUCCUUUGGAGAAGUUUCAUGCAGAUGUAGCUGGGAGGAGUUUCCACAAUGGGCGUUUUAUACAAAGAAUGAGAGAAAAAGCUGCUACUCUUCCCAAUGUUCAGUUAGAGCAAGGUACUGUGACAUCCUUGAUCGAAGAAGAUGGGACAAUUAAAGGGGUUCAAUACAAAACAAAGGAUGGUGAAGAACACAAAGCUUAUGCUCCUCUAACAAUUGUUUGUGAUGGCUGCUUCUCGAAUUUGCGGCGCAAUCUGUGUGAGCCUAAGGUGCAAGUGCCUUCUUGUUUUGUAGGUUUAGUUUUGGAGAACUGUCAACUCCCUUAUGCAAAUCAUGGGCAUGUUAUUUUAGCUGAUCCUUCUCCGAUUUUGUUUUAUCCAAUAAGUAGCACUGAGGUUCGCUGUUUGGUUGAUGUGCCUGGUCAAAAGGUGCCUUCUGUUGCUAAUGGUGAGAUGGCCAAGUACUUGAAGACUGUGGUGGCACCACAGAUACCACCCCAAAUUCAAGAAGCCUUCAUAUCAGCUGUUGAUAAAGGAAACAUUAGAACCAUGCCAAACAGAAGUAUGCCUGCCAAUCCACAUCCUACUCCGGGAGCUCUUCUACUGGGUGAUGCUUUCAACAUGCGUCAUCCUUUGACUGGCGGAGGAAUGACUGUAGCUCUAUCUGAUAUUGUUGUUCUACAGGAACUUCUCAGUCCAUUGCGAGACUUAAACAAUGCAGAUUCAUUGUGCAAAUAUCUCGAGUCCUUUUACACUUUGCGCAAGCCUGUGGCAUCUACAAUAAACACAUUAGCAGAUGCCUUGUACAAGGUAUUCUCUGCCUCUCCUGAUCAGGCAAGGAAGGAGAUGCGCCAAGCAUGUUUUGACUAUCUAAGCCUUGGGGGUACUUGUUCAACAGGACCAGUGGCCUUACUUUCUGGUCUAAAUCCUCGCCCUUUAAGUUUAGUUCUCCAUUUUUUCGCUGUGGCUAUAUAUGGUGUUGGUCGCCUUCUAUUUCCAUUUCCAUCACCCAAACGAAUGUGGAUUGGAGCUAGAUUGAUUUCGAGUGCAUCAGGUAUUAUAUUUCCCAUAAUCAAGGCAGAAGGACUGCGGCAGAUGUUUUUCCCAGCAACUAUACCAGCAUAUUACAGAGCUCCUCCCGUCAAGGGUGAUACCGAGAGCAAAUGAACCAAUGAGAGUUCAUAAGUUCCACUUCCACGUCCAUUCUUCCAUUAAGUGGUACAAUUUUCGCAACAUUAGAAACAUUUAUUAUUUGUAAUGAACAAAACUAUUAUUUUAGAACCUCCAACCACCCCCAACCCCCAACCAAAAAUAAAUAAAUAAAGAAAAAAGUAGUGACUAUUAUUGUAGAAAAGGAAAGCCUAUGAAUAUAUGUAUUUUAGUUCACAAAACUGAACAUAAUUUAGAAGUAAAUUUCAUUCAUGUGUAUUUCAUUAUAAAAUGUGGAGGGGUUAUUGGUCAUUUUGGGCAAA